UCUCUCAGUCGGUCGUCGAACGUCACAAAACAUAAAAGUUUAAGAUUAAAACCGGAAAGCAACUUUUAGAAAACUGUGCCAGCAUAGAGCAGUGAAGUUAAAGCAGAAGUUGAAUGAAAGAUGAAUGCACGACGUGGCAGAGAGGCUAAAAUACUCCGAUAGGAAAUGUGUACAAGUGUAGAAGGUGCAGCUCGUAUUCUUGAAUGUGCCGUCAUUCUAAUCCAAGCACGAACAGAAACAAAAGUUCCUUGGCUGUAUGUUCAAAGCAGUGUUCAUAAAUUCCAUAUGCAUCAUUAUUUCGUAGGCAUUACGUUUUUGCGGUUACAUUUUCUCGGUCACGUCUGCAUCGAAUCAAUUAAAACUGACUUUAAAAUGUUACUUAUCCUACUGGCGCAAUAAUAAGUUCUUUAAUAGUUGCGAUGUAAUUUAGUAGUGUGACAAAUUUUAGAUAAAAGUUCCGUCAAACAAUUAUCCAAAAAUUGAAAUCAAUAAAUUACCGAUUUGUAAGUUUAACACGAUUCUGUGCAAUAGCUGUUUGUGCUGUGCCAAAUACAAUUUAUACAAGCGCUAAUCACGCGCAUGUGUCGGAAAAUAAUUAAUAUAAAUACGCGGUGACUCGUGGCUGCUAAUGGGAAGUGAUAAGGAGCUGAAGGAUAGUGAAAUGGCAGAAUACGCGACAGUGAUCACAUCAGGUGGUGGCCCUAACUGCCCUGAUGGAAGCAUAAUAGCUACUAGCACACACGCGAUAGGAGCUGGAGGAAGCUAUAGUGGUGGCGGAAGCGGCAGCAGUGGAAGCAAACGUUCUCGACUGAAUUUAGAAUCCAAAUGUUCUUCUCUACGAAAACACCUGAGCAAAUCGGCAUCAGAGUUAAGUUGCAACGAUUGUGGAGGAUCCGGAGAUUCAGCACACGCUUCCCCACAACGGGCCCGUUCUGCGAAUGCACCAACCAUACCAGGUGUUAUUCAACGAACUCAUGGUUUUUUCAAUACAUUGAGGCAUCGCUGGUCUCGGGCAAGAAGCAAGGAACGACUUCGAGGAUCAUUUGGUCCAGAGCUAGAAUGUCGUCGUGAUAGUCAAAGCGAUUACGCUGCUGAUAAUAGUUCUGCGGAACACAGUAGCUCCGCUACGCCGCAUCAAUCUCCACGACAUAGAGCUCAAACAUUAGGAGAUUCUCCGUUAGCAAAAGCAAACGAAAAAAAUGCCAGCUCUAAUGGACCUCUGGAAACCACAAGUGGUUCCAUAGUAACCGGUGUUCUGAAGGUACUAUCGGCCAAAGCAGACAUCGAGCCAAUAGGCAUUUCCUCUACGUCUGAGAUGGGACACCAGACAAUCAGCGGUUUAGCCAAGGUUUCUGAAACACCAGACACUAGCAGUAUAACUUGCUUAAACUCGGCCGAUGAACAACAGCGAAGACGAGAGACGCAAUUAAGGCAGCAUUCAUUUUUCCAGCUUCGAGUGCAUUUGAUCAGUGGUCAUGGUCUUGUAGCCAUGGAUAAGAGUGGUACAAGCGAUCCUUAUGUCAAAUUUAAGAUUGGAGGACGACUUUUGUACAAAUCCAAAACUGUUCACAAAGAUCUGAAUCCGUUAUGGGAUGAAACCUUCGUCGUACCUGUAGAAGAUCCAUUCCAGCCGAUAAUCAUUAAAGUUUUCGACUAUGAUUGGGGCCUGCAGGAUGAUUUUAUGGGAUCUGCCAAGCUCUGUCUUACCAUGCUAGAGUUAAAUCGUGCUCAAGAUAUGGCUAUUAAACUGGAAGACCCGCAAAGAGCCAACAAGGAUUUGGGAGAGAUCAAGUUGAACGUUACACUUUGGCCUAAAACUCAGGAAGACAAAGAGCAACGCAAUCCCAAACUGGCAGAUGCAUCACGCCGGCUGAAGUCUCAGAUCUGGAGUUCAGUUGUCACGAUUGUACUGAUUGAAGCUAAAGCAUUGCCACCGGACGCUGAAAACGGCCUCAAUGAUAUUUAUGUAAGGUUUAGGUUAGGAAAUGAAAAAUAUAAGUCAAAAGCAUCGUACAGAGCGCGAUGGUUGGAGCAGUUCGAUCUGCAUCUCUUCGAAGAGGAUCAAAUUCUGGAAAUUGUUAUCUGCGGGAAAUAUUUUUCAGGAAAAUGCAAAAUUGAUCUCUCCAAAAAAACACGCGAACGCACGCAUAGAAUUUGGCAGCCUUUAGAAGAAUGUUCCGGCGAGUUGCAUCUAAUGGUAACGAUAAGCGGGACGACAGCAGCUGAAAGUAUAAGCGAUUUGACCUCCUACAAAGAGGACUCCAAAGAGCGAGCUCAAGUGCAAAGUCGUUAUGUAUGGCAGAAAUCGUUACAAAACAUGCGCGAUGUUGGACAUCUCACUGUGAAAGUGUUUGGAGCAUCCGGCCUGGCAGCAGCAGAUAUUGGCGGCAAGAGUGACCCUUUCGUUGUUCUCGAGCUAAUUAACGCUCGAUUACAAACACAAACAGAAUACAAGACGGUAUCUAUCUUUCCAAAACUAUCCAUUAUCCUCUACGAGAAAUAUGUACCCUUUAGCAUUACUAAUAUUUCAAUUGAUAUGCAGCUUUCGCCAAAUUGGAAUAAGAUUUUUACAUUUAAUGUGAAAGAUAUUUCAUCAGUACUAGAAAUUACUGUUUACGACGAAGACCGAGAUCACAAAGUGGAGUUUUUGGGAAAAGUAGUGAUUCCACUGCUGCGAAUACGAAACGGUGAAAAGCGAUGGUAUGCACUCAAGGAUAAAAAAAUGUACAAUCGUGCAAAAGGCACCCAACCUCAAAUCCUGCUAGAGUUGACAGUACUAUGGAAUAAACUUCGAGCAGCCUUGCGCGUACUUGAACCAAAAGAAGAGAAGCUUGUACAACAAGAAUCUAAGUUCAAAAGGCAGCUGUUUUUACGUAAUGUUACACGCUUGAAAGCAGUUAUCGAAGCAAUCAUCGAAGCCGGGCAAUUCAUACAGAGCUGUUUUGAAUGGGAAUCUCCCAUAAGGUCGUUUAUUGCCUUGGUGCUUUGGAUUUGUGGUUGUAUUUGGUUCGAUAUUUCCACAAUACCAGCGGUAGCUUUGCUUUAUCUUCUCAAAAACUGGCUGAUUAAAUGGCUGACAGGAAAUUCUUCGCCAUCGACAGCAGACGAGUACGAUGUAGCAAGUGACGAUGAAGAUGAAGAAGAUAAAGAAAAGGAAGAAAAGAAAACGAUUAAAGAACGCUUGCAAGCGAUACAAGAAGUUUCCCAAAGUGUCCAGAAUACUAUUGGCUUUCUUGCAUCCCUAGGCGAAAGUGUCAAAAACACCUUUAAUUUUUCUGUCCCUGAGCUCAGUUGGCUGAUGGCUUUGUUGCUAUUAGUAGCAUGUCUAGUGCUUCACUACGUUCCGAUGCGAAUUCUUUUACUUUUAUGGGGAUUAGCCAAGUUUAGUCGUCGAAUUAUACGACCACAUAGUGUUCCCAAUAACGAAUUACUCGACCUGCUUUCAAGAGUUCCGGAUGACGAAGAAAUUAUAAUGUGGCGAGAAUUACCACUACAUUCCACACCUGAAAUGGCACGACGAGAUCCUAGAAAGAAGCACAAAGUAUCGUAAUGCUACCAAACAACCCUGAAGCGCUACUUUAGGGAUCAUCUGAAAAGGGUUUUAAAAGUCAGUAAAACCAAGCCACAUGCAAACGAUAUGUCUUAAGCACUAAAUUGUCGUAGGCAACUACAGUUAUUUGUGAAUUUUAUAUUUCUUGUUAUGUAACUCUUGAGCUUUCCAAAACUAUUCAUUAUCUUCUACGAGAAAUAUUUAAGCUUUAGCAUUACUAAUAUUUUAAAUGAUAUGCAGCUUUGCUGCUCCUUCCAUUUUGUCUUAGAUUGAGAUAAGUUACAAACAGUUGGGAGCAAACUGUCCUAGAGCAGCAUAAGAAAUGAUAUUUUUUUAUUUCGUAGCAAAACCCGCCUAGCCAAUUAAAACUACACUACAUUAGCGUAGCGUAAUACACGCGCGCUAGCGUUGAAAUUAAUGUACUUGUAAAAGAAUACAAAAGGUUAAAACUUAUCUGAAACCUGUAACAAGAAACUCUCUUCUUCCUUCCCAUUCUUAUAACUCUCAAACUCCGAUUAAUGUAGCAUUAAAUGUAAAGCGUUAAAAAAUAUUCAACGAAUAUUAAUAGCUUAAUUUUUUGUAUUACUAUUUCAGUGAUAUGAGCGUCAAAAACAAACCAUCCUAUUUAUAAUAUUCGUUUUCACUAGUGUUAUUUAUGGUGGUAUCGAAUGUAUAAUAAAAUAAUUCAAUUUUAAUUGUGAUAUUAUGUUAGAUUAGAUUAUGUCCUAUAAACAAGACUACCAUUUCAAGAUUAUUUUUGCAUAGUUGAUGGUUCCUCGAUGAAAUCCGUCCAAAUUAUAGAAAUCGAGGAUGAAAUUGACGGAUGUUUUUUUUAGAAUUAUUCCGGAAGAUGCCACUUGAAAUAUGACUUGAUUGUUCUAUGGACGAAAUGACCAACUUAUCAUAACUUAGUGAAGUAAAAGAACCUAGAAAAAUAUUUUUCAAUGCGAAGUAUUGUUUCAUUCGAUCAAAAAACAGAUUAAAAUUAAUAAUGCAUUACAUUUGAAAAAGUGUCUUGCCCGGCAAUGUUGUUUGCUGAUUAAAGCUUUAUUAGAUACCGUAAAAACUAGUCAUAAGUCUUUCAAGCAAUAUAGUUUUUCGUAUGGAUACGUAGUUCUCAAGUACUUUUUCACUUUUGCCAAAUAUGUUAUUAAGAUCUGUUCUCAGGAGAUAAUUUGUUAUCUAAAUACAUUACUGCUAGAGGAUCUUGUUCCAAUACUCUUCGAUAUGAGUCUUUAGAGACGAGCUAAUCAGAUUGAGUUUCGAGUAUGUUAUUUGAUUAAACUUUUAAUAACAUACGUUAGCAUAUUUUAAAGUGAAACGUUGUUAACCAAUUUAAUAUAUUUAAAUGAAAAGGUAGGUUAGUCUCUAUUAAAAAAAUUGAUACUAUGGCACCGAAAUGAAACAUGUUUAAUAUUGAGCUUAGUAUAACAUUUUGCACAGAAAUAGCUUAAUCAUUUAUUUGUUGAGAUGUUUUUUUAAUCAGUAAAAUAUUUACCCUUUUUGAUGACCGUCUAUCUGUGUCAAAUAUUUACAAUAGAAAAAUUCCAAAGGCCAUUUCGAACAAUUGAGAAAGUUGUUACGAAAAGUCCCAAACUAAUUAAUGAAUGUUCAAACAAUUAAAAAAAAAUUAAUUGUAUUACACGGUAGAAUGGUUUUGCCUUUGCAAAGCUAGUAUAUUUCAUCAGUUUUCCACCUAUUGUGUUGCCUACUCCACGGUUGCCUCUAAUAUAUAUUAAAGUUUCAUUCCAGUUGAUAAAAUGUUGAUUAUUUUGAAUUGCCAUUUUUUCCUUUUGUGCUUGAUGAGACCUCCAUUCCAUCCAAUGUUUUAUGGCAUAUUCAAUAUGUUAGCUACCAAAAACAGUUUAAAGCUAGCAAAACAAGUAGUUUGUAGGAUAAUUCUGUUCUGAAUAAAAAAAAGCAGGAAAAACGAUUGAUUGCCGACUGUAAGAUAAAAUGGAAGUGCGAUUGAUUAUCAACUCAAAUAUCUUUGCACAAAAUAUCAAACAUCAAUCUCCUCUUCAAAUCAACGACUAUUGUCGUCGUUUUCUAGUUGUUAGAAGUGAAUUAAUUUUUUGCUAAUAAAGGCUUUUUUCUCAGAAAAAGUCGGAUGCUCUAACUCCAUUGUUGUAGCCUCAUAAAUACAAAUACUAUACCGGUAAAUUUAGGUAAACAAAACAUUCUUACGAAUGAAAACACUUCACCAACUGAUCGAGUCGUGCUUAUAAAAGUAAUUUAGUUUGAGAUUUAAUAAUUCUUUAGAGAUAUUUAGCACUUCAGUGGAAAAGAAAAAUAUUUGUUCCUAUACUUUAACGGCAUGCUUUACAAACUAUAACCGAAGUUCAUACACAUAUUUCCAAAACGUUACUAAGGAAAAAAGAAUUGAUAAUAUCUACGACAUUCAGUUUGUUAUGAUUUGGCUAUACUAUCCGGAAACUCGAAAAGUUAAAAUAAUAUUAAAAACGAAACUCGUUUGCACUACUGUUAAUAAAACCCCCUUUGAGUCACCUCUUUCUUCCGCAUUUACUGUUUCUAACGCAUGGUCUAGCAGUAACUAAAUCAUUGUGUAAUAUUCAGAAACUUGUACCACUUGAAUAUUUACCAAAUUUACAUCGAAACCCCCAAUAUAAGAAAGUGAACAAUUUCAAACAUUGUUCGAGAAUGAUAGGAAGUCCACCGACGCACGAUCGAAACCAAUAGAGAAACCAUUAUUAGCGAAAAGUGAUAAACUUAAAUAACUUUAUACAAAGUUUACCGGUUACAAUAAUGCAUCUCAAAUCGAUGAUCAAUAUAUCUUGUCACAUGUAACAUGAAUGGAGCAUGACCAUGCAUUUAAGACGCAAAUAAACUCGAAAAGAGUUUAAAAUCGCUAAAAUAUAUUUAAAAAUAUCACUCUGCAUGAAAGAUUAAAACAGAUAUCGUGAAUACCUGGCAGCACCAUUACAAAACGAUUCGCCUUUAAAUUCUAAUAAACUUGGAUAUGAAAAAUGUGUAUCUAAUAUAUUUGUUGUUGAAUUCAUGCAUUUGCAUCCCAAAAACACUAUAGUAUCAGAAUGAUCACCAAAGAGAAAUUAACGACUGAUUGAAGAUAUACUUUCAAUAGUAGCUUACGUGUAAAAUAAGAAAGAUACACAACGAUUUACAUUAAGUGUCACACGAUUGACUAUAAGUAUAUAAGUUGCUUGCCGUCAGAGCUGUACGACUUCUCAUUUGUUAAUUUUUGCUAGUAUGAUGUUUCUUUAAGAAUUUACAUUGAUAGAAAUAAAAUAAAAUUAUGCUUAGCACCAUUCAACUUCGUAACCAUGUUUGGGCGAAGUAGGAAAACA